GUUUUAUCAUAUCAUGCCUCUGCCACAGAGGAGGAAACUCGGGAACUUCAGGUGACCACAGUUCCUUCGGCACAGUCGUUGCAUCUGCUGGACUUCAGUUUCAGUGAUUUCGACUUGUCAGACACUGAAACCACCCUGGCUACUAUCCGCAUGUUUAUUGACCUCAAACUGAUCCAGAACUUCCAGAUGAAGUACACGGCCUUGUGCCAGUGGGUUCUGAGUGUCAGGAAGAACUACAGGAAGAGCGUGGCCUAUCACAACUGGAGACAUGCACUGAACACAGCACAGUGCAUGUUUGCUCUGCUAAAGUCAGGACGCUUACAGAAUAACCUGAAUGAUAUGGAGAUCUUGGCCCUGAUGAUUGCAACUCUCUGCCAUGACUUGGACCACAGGGGAGUCAACAACUCCUACAUACAGAGGAGUGAUCACCCAUUGGCCCAGCUGUACUGUCACUCCACCAUGGAGCAUCACCACUUUGACCAGUGCCUCAUGAUCCUCAAUAGCCCUGUACGUAUACAGACAUAAACACACAAAAUAUUCAGUCCAACAUAUUAUUUUUAUAGCAUGACUAAGGCAUCAAACCUGAAAUAUUAAAAUCUGCUCACAUUUAUAUAAUUGUACAUAAAUUACAAUCACAGGAAAAGGCCAUGACUUUCAAAGAGCAACUCUGUUUGUGGCACAGAGUAAGCUUGAGAAUAGUUCUGGUUUAGAUUGAGAAAUGCCUAAUUAAUACCAAAUUCAUAAUGUGACAGGUGAAUGUGCAGCAAUGGGAUUUGUGUACUGGGACAUUUUUUGUAAAGUGCCUUGAGAUGAGCUGCAUUGUGAAUUGGCGACUACAAGUAAACUGUAUUGAAACUGAAUUAAAUUGGGUGUGUUUGUGUGAGCAUGUGUAUCAUAAGGUAUGAGUGGUGUUCUUACUUGCUCACUGGUCUUAU